AUGUCUGGGUGUGUGACAACAGGCGUGGAGAAGCAGAAGCCCUGGCGCGGGCCGAGCCAAGAGGAGCUUGGCCUGCUUGCAAACAUUCCGAGCCCUGUCCUGUCUACUAUGCAAGCCCGCGCGCUGCACCUUCCUUUGCCUAAGCCUGAAGCCAUCGCACCUGCCUGCCAGCCCCCCAAGGAAUCCGCACAAUCACCAGCAACCUCACCACCACUACAACCACAACAACAACACAACCACCACCAACCCAAUUCAACACCAAUCUAA